AUGGCGUUGAAGGCCUACCCGAUACCAUUGCUGUGGGAGCAACUGCAGUUAGCGGCCGGUCACAAGUAUUAUGUGUCUCUAGACUGUAAUCAUGGCUUUUGGAAUGUACCCCUGGGGGCAGAAAGCCGACAGUUUACUGCGUUUGUGUCGCAUAGGGGCAUAUUCGAAUACACUGCGAUUCCGUUUGGUGUUAAGAAUUCGCCGAUCCUGUUUCAGCAGGUGAUGGACCGCGUCUUUGAAGGUCUCGUAGGAAACAAUGUCAACGUGUACAUUGACGAUAUUGUCGUCGAAGAAGGCAUCAAGCCGGACCCGAAGAAGGUGGCGGACCUGAUGAGAGUAGAAGCUCCGUGUAACAAAUCGGUGGCCGAGUGUGUGUUGCUAGCCGCGCCGGCAGACAUUGGAGAGUUCGUGCUAACGACGGACGCCAGUGAUCGGGCGAUAGGCGCCAUGCUAGAGUGGUCGUUGUUCCUACAACAGUUCGACUUUAAGAUAGAGUACCUGAAGGGCACCGAGAACGUGGUGGCUUACUGGUUGUCUAGAGCGAACUUACGAGAAGAUGUCGGGGAGGACACGUUGGUGGAUCGAAUUCAGAUGAAUCCAGAGCUAAGGGUGGCGUACUGUGCGGAAGCCGAACAAGAUGAGGGCUUGUCAGUACAAUUUGUUAAAAGGUUGAAAAGAUUAGCCAGGCAAGAUGAAAACGUGCAGAAGCGUAUCCACAAAGCACCGAAUGGGCUGUGGGUAAGGGAUCGUACCGGCAGUGUGUAUGUGCCGAUGGAGUGA